AUGUCUGGCGUACUGCGUACAACGGGAGCUCCAAACUGGCUGACCAAUUUGAGUACUUUGGUUUCGUUUACGGAAGGCGUCGAUGACAUCGUCCCGUCGAGUCCCUACUCUCCCGACGUUGUUAUAAUAUUAUCGGUCAUCGUAGGAGUAAUCAUCUUCAUAACCGUCGUCGGUAAUCUUCUCGUCGUCGCGGCGUUUUGUACGACUCCAAAACUCCGCACUUACAACAACUAUUUCAUCCUGGGUCUCGCCAUCGCCGACCUGCUUGUUGGAGCGAUCGACAUGCCCCUGUUCGCCAUCGUCAUCAUCAUGGGACGAUGGCCGUUUGGCGAGGUCUUCUGCGACAUCUUCACCUUUCUCGAUCACGCUUUAACUCAUAUCAGUAUGCUCCUCGUCACCUUAAUCAGCCUCGAUCGUUGCGUCGCUGUCUCCGCUCCCUUUUGGCAUCGUCAACACUGGCGACGACGCUCCCGUGCGAUCCUCAUCAUCGCUAUUGGCUACAUUAUCCCCGUCAUCAUCUGGCUGCCAACGACGACUCUUUGGCAGAUCAUCAACGGGAACGAACAGCGACCCUUUCCCAAAGACGUCUGCGCACCUUUGUACUUUCAAAGCGUCGUUGCUGGGUUCAUUGUCCCCGUCGCUUACUUCGUCAUCCCGUUCGUUUCAACCGCCGUUCUCUGCGCCAGAAUCUACAUCGUCAUCAAGAAAUUCUACAAGGGGCGGAAGCAGCUGAGACUUGCAUUGGGGAUUAUGCAGCCGACUACCUCUGUAGAGCCACCGAAUGACCUCGGAACUCGUGAACGAACGACAUCGCUUUCCGUCUCUACGAAGAAGGAUGAUGUUGGUGAGGAAGAGAACGCCAAAGACAACAAAAAGAAAGAAAUUGGUACAGAGAGCAUGAAAGCCGGACUACCUCAAUCCCACAUUGCACCCCUUCAACGCAUCCAGAAUACUGCUGCUAGACUAGUCACACGUACCAAGAAAUCUGAACACAUUACCCCAAUCAUCCAGUCUCUUCACUGGCUACCGAUACAGGAACGCAUUGUCUUCAAAAUCCUCCUCCUUGUCUACAAAGCUAUCCACAACCAAGCCCCCUCAUACCUACAGAACAUCAUCUCACUCCGAUCCUCAUUAGCUUCUUCUGCAUCUCGACGUUUACGCUCCCAUGCUACUGCCCACCUUCAACUGCUACCUGGACCUCGCACCAAGACACGCUACGGAGACCGCUCAUUUACAGUUAUUGCCCCCAAGUUAUGGAAUAAUCUCCCCAUUUAUAUACGAGAAGCCCCUACAUUAGAAUCAUUUAAGUCUCUCCUGAAAACCCACCUCUUUCCAUAA